GAUGUCAGAAGGGAAGGUGGAGAAGGGAAGAGUGCUCUCCAGGAUGUCCCAUGGGCCAAGGGUUUAUACAUGGACACGGUGCAGCUCUUUCCUGAGCACGUGCAGGAGUUCCUGGACCUGAUGAAAGAGAAGGAGCUCAGACAGAGUUCCCAUGGAGCAGGUGGACAUACUGCUGGAGGACUGAGGCUCUAAAACUCAGUGCAACAGGAGCCUGGCUUCCUCAGACACUACUGUGGACACCCAGACGUCGUGCACUGACCAAUAGAACAGUGUCCUCAGAAAAAAUAGCAUUUUACUUUUCAAACAGUGUGAAUAAAUGAUUUUACACACGCUGUAUUAUGUGUUAAUUAAAAAAUGUCCAUAUUUUGAUGGAUUUAAUAUCUAUUUUUAUAUCAAAGACUUGAGUUUAAACUGAUUUAAAAAAAAGAUUACUCUGAUAAUUUAAAAUGAAUGUUUUGUUUCCCAACACUGGUCUGCCAACCUUUAUUUAAAAAUAAGCUCUAAGCCUUUCACGCAUUGUGAAUCCUGAGGGAUGCUAGUGUGCAUUUCCUGCGGGAUAACGACAUCACAGCUAAAUGGUGUGGAACGGAGCACACCGGAGUGUACACUUUGGAGUCAGGAGGGAAGGAGAGAGGAAACACAGACAUGAGGUUAGAGAAGGUUUAUAUAGUCUCAUUACUGCUUAUCCUUCAGAGUAGUAGAGCAUCCACUCUGGCUGUCUCAGGUGAGUCUGACACUUCUGAUGACCUUUACCCUAUUAUAAUGUGCCUCUGUGAGUUUACUGGAUUGGCCUCUGCCUUUACAUGCUACUAACUAAAUGCUACAUUUCUACUUGAUACCAACUACUCAGGCUGUGCUAUGGUGAUGUAGAAUUCCAUUAGUGAAAUAUAUGGUAACAUGGAUAUCAUGUAGUCUUCAUAGCUUCUCACUUCAUAGCUGUAUUUGUUUUUUCUUGAAAUCAAAUCAACAGAACUUUUACCUUCUAUAUUUGAAAAUGACUUCCAUUCAUGAUGAUCUAUAUUCUGAUCACAGAUAAAGAAUGUAAUGAUGAUGCAUUUCCUGUCCGGGAAGACUGUGAAGUUGACACAGUGUGUGGAGAAGCUAUAUGUCAUCACAACCAGUAUGUCACCUGCCAUGUCAACCGCUGUGGCACCUGUGAACCUGUGUUCCGAGGCUAUGACAACAUCACUGUCAACUGCACCCAGUUGACUCCCAAGUGUCGUCUAAUACACCUGGAGAUGUUGAGCAAGCACAGGACAGGAACCAUGUUAACUGGGGGGAGUUUAGGGACAAAGUACCAUCCAAACUGUGAUGGAGCUGGUAUGUUCAGACCUAAACAGUGCAGAGAGGAGGACACCAAACUAUGCUGGUGUGUUAACAAGGCUGGAGUCCCAGUCUCUGACAAGACACAUGACCCCCUCAAAUGUGACAGGCUGGUCACAGUCCAUGUAAUUGAUAUUCAAUUCACAUUUAAAGUGGAGUUCACACCUGUUGCAAAAACCGUGGAUGAGAUACGAAGGCAGUUGGUAUUAAAGCUGGACAGGGAAUAUACGCUGGAUAAAACACAGAUCCUAGACAUAACUGUGCGGGAACUGUACCAAGUAGUGUCCAUCCGGCUGACUGAUGACAGGACAGACAAAGAGCCAGUGGACAUAGCAACUGUGGCCUACUACAUUGAGAGAGAUUUGAAAAGCAACAGGUUUGGGUUUGAGGUGGACGGCCGGAGACUAGAGGUGGCGAGGGACUCCGUCAAGGUCCUAUUCUUUCACUAUGACCACCAACACAUGGACAUGAUGACCAUCAAUCCAGGCUUUGCUGCCCUCAUCCUCAUCAUUGCCCUGGCCAUUAUCAUUGGUGUUUCUGUGUCUGUGGUGGUACAAAGGAAAGCUCUGCUGGAGAGGAGAUUCCAGUUUGAAGUCAUUGAGGUUCAAGGGCAGAACAACGACCUGGAACAGCAAGAAGCAACCAUGACCUACUUUGUCAUGUGACAUACUUUAUCUUUGUUGGUUAUAGUAGAUUUGUUUAUUUUUUUAGUUGUCACUCAGUUCAUUUAUAUGCAAAGUUGUUGUCCAAUUAUCUAUUUCCCUGACUGAAACAAUAGUCAGCUGCACAUUAUGGAAAUAUUGUAAUUGGUUGAUUUCUUAACAUGGAUUCUAACCUGUUGCUUUAAUGAAAUAGUAAACAAGAAUUGACCAUGGUUGAAAAAAAAAAAUUCAAUAUGUACUUUAUUUGAAAUAAAAAUCAGAAUU